AUGCGGGACCGGCUGCCGGACCUGACGGCGGUCCAGCAGAGCGAUGACGGGGACACGGCCAUCGUGGUCGAGAAGGACCACUUCAUGGAUGACUUCUUCCACCAGGUCGAGGAGAUCAGGAACGGCAUAUCUAAGAUAGCCCAGCACGUGGAGGAAGUCAAGAAAAACCACAGCAUCAUUCUGUCGGCACCAAACCCCGAAGGAAAAAUAAAAGAGGAGCUUGAAGAUCUGAACAAAGAAAUCAAGAAAACGGCCAACAAAAUCCGCGUCAGGUUGAAGUCCAUCGAGCAGAGUCUGGACCAGGAUGGCAGCGCGCCCCACGCGUCCGUGGACGCCCGCAUCCGGAGGACCCAGCACUCCGUGCUCUCCCGGAAGUUCGUGGACGUGAUGGCCGAGUUCAACGAGGCCCAGACGGUCUUCCGGGAGCGCAGCAAGGGGCGCAUCCAGCGGCAGCUGGAGAUCACUGGGAAGGUGACCACGGACGAGGAGCUGGAGGCGAUGCUGGAGAGCGGGAACCCCUCCAUCUUCACCUCCGACAUCAUCUCGGACUCGCAGGUGACCAGGCAGGCCCUCAACGAGAUCGAGUCUCGGCACAAGGACAUCAUGAGGCUGGAGACCAGCAUCCGCGAGCUGCACGAGAUGUUCCUGGACAUGGCCAUGUUCGUGGAGACGCAGGGCGACAUGAUCAACAACAUCGAGAAGAACGUGACGAGCGCCGCGGACUACGUGGAGCGCGCCAAGGAGGACACCAAGAAGGCGGUCAAGUACCGGAGCAAGGCGCGCAGGAAAGUGGUGCUCAUUGUUAUUUGUGUCUCUGUUUCGCUUCUGAUCCUCGGAAUCGUCCUCGCAGCGACAUUGUCAUAG